AGAGUGAUAAGGUUGUGUGGACAGUCACUUUGUGGUGCGUUGUAGAACAAGGGUUUCUCUGUUUCUUCACUUUCUCGUAGGAAUCGAAAUCAAACCAAACAAAAAUAUGGGCAGAAAAUUCUUCGUCGGUGGAAACUGGAAAUGCAAUGGAACCACUGAGGAGGUGAAGAAGAUUGUUACUACUCUGAAUGAAGCGAAAGUCCCUGGAGAAGAUGUCGUGGAAGUUGUUGUGAGUCCACCUUUUGUGUUCCUUCCCCUUGUAAAAACUUUACUGCGUCCUGAUUUCCAUGUGGCGGCACAGAACUGUUGGGUUCGCAAAGGUGGUGCUUAUACCGGAGAAGUUAGUGCUGAAAUGCUUGUUAAUUUGGAAAUUCCGUGGGUUAUUAUUGGUCACUCUGAACGGAGGCAGCUUUUGCAAGAAUCAAAUGAGUUUGUGGGAGACAAAGUUGCAUAUGCACUUUCACAAGGUCUGAAAGUUAUUGCUUGCAUCGGAGAGACUCUUGAACAGCGUGAAGCUGGUACAACAACAGCUGUUGUUUCUGAGCAAACAAAAGCAAUUGCCGCUAAAAUAUCAAACUGGGACAAUGUUGUUUUGGCCUACGAGCCAGUCUGGGCCAUCGGAACAGGAAAGGUUGCAACACCUGCUCAGGCUCAAGAGGUUCAUGCUGCUUUGAGGAAAUGGUUUCAGGAUAAUGUGAGUGCCGAAGUUGCCGCAUCUGUAAGAAUUAUCUAUGGAGGUUCUGUAAAUGGAGGAAACAGCAAAGAAUUGGCAGGACAGGCCGAUGUUGAUGGAUUUUUGGUUGGUGGUGCUUCCCUCAAGCCGGAGUUCGUGGACAUCAUAAACGCUGCCACCGUGAAGAAGAAUUGAAAUUCGUAGUUAGGAACUGAUAUGCUGCCUUUCAAGCUGCUUCGGAAAUUACUGUUUGAGUUUUGGUUCUGUGCUUUGUGGCAAAUGCUUUCAACUUUGUGUUUAGUACUGCCUAAUAAACGCGCGUUCCUGUGAUCUCAUCCACAGGCGAUCCAUUGGAUUUUGGUUAAAUUUCUUAAUGCAAAUAGUGUAACUACCAUAACAUUUGGUGGGUAAAUAAUGUUCAAAACUAGUUAACUGUAGUAAAUUUGAUUACUACUAUUGAUGCGGUUGUCAACUA